AUGGAUUCCUUCCGCGGGCAACUAGAACGCAUUCCCGUCCCAACCACCUCGUUCCAAGGCCAGACCAUCAUAGUCACAGGGUCUAACACUGGCUUGGGAUUGGAAGCUGCCAGGCAUUUUGUGCGACUAGACGCAGAAGUCGUCAUUCACGCGGUCAGGUCGCUAGAAAAAGGUGAAGCAGCCAAAGCCUCGAUUGAGGCUUCCACGAAGCGAAAGAACGUUGUCCAGGUAUGGCAGCUGGAAAUGGAUAAAUAUGAUUCAAUAAUAUUCUUUGCAUCAAGGUGUAAUUCUCUCGAAAGGCUCGACGUCGUGGUGGAAAAUGCCGGCAUCUUGAGGAAUACCUAUGAAGAGAGCGAGGGGACUGAGAUGACCAUCAAAGUCAACGUCAUUGGGACAUUCCUUCUAGCACUGAACCUGUUUCCCGUCCUUCGAAAAUCAUAUCAAAAGACCGGAAAACCGUCAAGGCUCGUCAUCACUAGCUCAGCAGUUCAUUACAACGCGAAAUUUCGAGAAAGAUUUGAACCUUCAAUCUUUAAUGCUUUGAACGAAAAUAGACCAGAAUGGCUCAAUGAUCGGUAUAACGUGUCGAAACUACUCGAGGUAAUGCUUGUCCGUUCAUUUGCUACGGCGAUGAAAGACGGCCCCCACAGCGCACAGCCAAUCAUUCUCAACAAUGUGCACCCUGGACUGUGCGAGUCAGAGCUGGACAAAGACGUCAAGGGAUUAUCUCGCUACCUUCUUUCCAUAGCCAAAACACUCGUUGGACGCAAGACAGAGGAAGGCUCUCGAACACUCGUGCAUAGCGCUGCUUCUGGGGAUGAGAGCCACGGAAAGUACAUGAGCGAGUGCAGAGUUAGAGAACCUAGCACCUUUGUUAGAAGCAAGGAAGGUGCAGAGACCCAGGCACGUGUGCACAAGGAACUAAUGGCUAUACUGGAGAACAUCCAACCUGGAAUUACACGGAACCUUUAA